AAUCAACAYAUCAAAAGAUUUUACUCUUUGAAAAUGAUCGGUAAAACGUUGGUGGUUGCUUUAAUACUGCUGGAAUCAUUUUUAAUUGCCGAAGACCAACUUGAACAGUCAGCUGUGCAAGAAUGGUCCUUGGAGACCUGUGAGGUGAAAAUUACUAAAGUCGGAUGCUACAAAGACGACAUUGUUGCACCAAGACCACUUCCAAGGUUAAUAAUAACAGACAGGGAACGUAAUAUUCCAGCAUGGGAUGGCCAUAUGUUUGACUGGGACAAACCUGCAAAGUCGAUGAGGAGCUUAGCCUGUCGUUGCGCCAAGAARGUGUUAAAAAUGGGAUAUUCACACUUUUCCCUUCAGUAUUAYGCUGAGUGUAGAAGUGGUAAAAACGCCAAUGCGACAUUUUCUGAUGACGGUCCGUCCGAUCAAUGCUUUGAUGGUAGUUUCAAGUCAUGUGAUCAAGGGCCUAAUGUUCCAUGUGCUGGAGCAGAACGUACUAACUUCGUGUACAUAGCAACGGAGAAACCUACUUUGCCAACAACACAAGCAACUGAAAAACCUACUUUGCCAACAACAAAAGCAACUGAAAAACCUACUUUGCCAACAACACAAGGUCCUACUUGCCUAGAUCAAUAUCCUAUUUGCAGUCAUUACGCUGAAAUUGGUCUUUGCACUGAGGAAUUUCCCCUUGUGCUUCAGUAUUGUCGAAAGUCCUGUCAACUAUGCUGAAAAGAUAAACCAAUGACCUGGUGAACAGAUCGAUAACGAUUCGUUUCAGAGCAGGAGAAGUUUUUAAAGAUAAAAGAUUUUUCUCGAUUUUCGCAGUACUCACUUAUAAAGCUAUUGAUAUGUUGAAAUAAAGCACCAGGA